GUACGACGGCCCUGUAAAGGUCCAGAAUAUAUUUGGAUAUAUCUAUUAAGACCCGCAAAGUCACAAUCACAGAGACUUUGAACUUCAUUUGACGCAUUUCGAAUAUUCGUUCUCGGAGCGCUUAACUCGAAGAGGCGAUCUUAGUGGAGCUCUCAGUGGUCUCCCCAAGCUUUCGGUGAUCGCUCCUCUCUCUGAUAAAUCAUCAUCUGCUAAGUAGAAAUCUGUUCAUCGAGUUCGGUCUUCAUAACCUCUGACUGGUUAAUUAUUCGGUCUGUCCUUCAUCCUCGUUUUUCGGUAUUUUUCCAGCUUUAUAUGACGUUCGGAAUUCUGUCUUCGGUUGUUCGGUAUUGCGUUUGCAUCAUUUGUCGUGGACGUCGCUGUCGAAGUUGUGGUCCCCGGUUUGUUAGUUAUGCUGUGACCUAUGAUCAUGUGCAAAAACGGAAAAUAAGAGAUGCUUUCCGCUUCCCACCUAGACCCAUAGACUACAGUUCUUCAUGAGUAUCAGCAUGUCCAUGUCGAUGUCCUCCUGUUUUUUCCCAGCGAUGCUCCCGCAAUCUACAACGAUUGCGUGUGUGCAUUUAAUCUUUGCUCCUUGACUCUGGGAGGUCACAUCGCAGCUAUAGCAAAGAACCGUGGUUGCAGCAGGAGAUCAACCUGCUCUUCCGCGUCGUCUUGAGGAAGACUUCACUUCACGUGACUCACCACGAAUAGCGGUGCAAGAUGGUGUCCGCAGCGACAGCGGCGGAGCGAGAGCGCGAGGAGGAUGCUCGAAUGAAACAGUUGGAGGUGGAGAGGAGGAAAAGAAAAAGAGAUGAGGCUCGUGUGGAGACAAGAAUACGAAGCGCGAAGGAGAUGCGUAAGACAUGAUAGCUUGUUAGGAUUCAUCUACUCGAUGUUGAAGUUGAACUUGAUACCUUUUGCUUUUCUUCUUCUUGUAUGUAAAUAAUAUCAACAUCAUAUUAAUGACUAUACUCGUCAGGUGAACUACUUCACUUUUGUUUCAAUGCAGCGUUGGUCCUAAUACCUCGCUCACACCAUCAUCACCAUCUCAUCAGGCACGAUCUACCACAGUGAGCGCUCGAAGGCAGAGGUCACGGAAAAGGCGAUUGAAAUGCCUCCCAUGUACGUCGAAGAAAAGAGCAAGAAGGCCAUUAAGCAGGAGGAAAACGUCGGUGCCCGUGUUCCAGAGGCCGUUGAGUGCAGCAACAUCAAGUGCAAGAAGGCCAUCUUCUCCUUUAAGGCAGUCGAAGUGCGACUCUCCUACAAACAAAUUCGUGCCGAAAUCCAGAAGCAAGCUAAGAAGAUGAACGUAUCAGUCGCAGGAAGUGGGAGGUUGGGGGACCACUUGUUGCCAAAGCCAAACUGGAUUUUUUGCUACCACUGUGGCCACACUGUGCGGAUCUUCGAUGCGAAGGUAUUAUGGAUUUCCUUUCCAAAUCCAAAUGCGACUAGUAGACAUGUCAUUGUCAGUAUUUUCUUUUGCCACCUUCUUUAGAAAUUAUAGAAAUCCAACAACUACACCAGUGACGUAGUUCUCCAGUCAUGGUUUUUUUAGUGUUGAUUUAGUUUUUACGUUAUAAGGCGUUAGUAGAGUUACUAGUAUAUCGUUACCUCAGUCAAGUAGAAAUCCAACAACCAUUCUCCACCUUCCCAUCCACAACCACCUCACAAGGUCGCCACCGACAAAACCUUCGCCAGAACCGAUCCUAAGAUGGCAAAAGGCCAGAUUGAGGUGGACGAGAUUCAGAGAAGGGCAGCAGCUGCCUUAGAAGACGGCUUCGGAGAAGACAAGAAGGAGGAGGGGAAGAAACCUAGAAGACGAUCGCUAUUAGAUAAGCAGGGCGAGGAUGAAGAGGACGCGGAGGAAGAAGGUUUUUUUCUUUUACACUACGAUCACGGGUAGUUGUGAUUUUGUGCUCAUAAGUAGAAUCUGCCAGGACAAACAUUACAGACUACUUACAACAACGUGCUUCUACCGAAUAGAUACUAAAGUACUAGUAGAAGUCUAUUAAUACUUGUUACUUAGGAGAAACUAAGUAGUUAAAAUCAACUCCUUCCAGCACUUUCGACUUCCUCGUCACUCCUUCCUCCACUUCGACUUCCUCCCACUUCCACAGAAUCCGACGAGGACGAAUCUGAUUCCGAUUUUUGGGGUGGCUUGGGUACGCCUUCUGAUCUCUCAGACGACGGCCGAGAGGAAUACGAGGCUUGGAAAGCUGAAAAAGCGGAGAAGGCUUUGAAGGAGGAAUAUGAGAAAGUUAAGAUCAUGGUGGGUGAUAGUGUAGCUGUAGUCUUGAUAUAAUUGAAGAUAGAUGGAUUUAGAUAAGACGAAGUAAGUAGAUGGAUAGUCAUCAAUAACCUGAUCAAAUCACUUGUUCUAAUCUGCAACAAGCGGAACUCGAAAAAGAGGAAAUCGGAAAAUUAGAAGAAGAGCUGGCCAAGUGGGAUGACAAGUUGGACUACGCGAUGACCUUUGUCCAACGUUGGAAUGAGAAAAUCGACAAUAAGGUCGCCGAAAACCGCGAGUUGGAACGUGAAGGCCGUAGAUUGGAUAAGCUCUUGUUGAAGACCAGAUACGAACGCGCUAGCUUGCUUCAAACACUGGCAGCACGGAUUAAUUUGAGGCGAAAGAAGGCGGAAAGAUUUGGGCAUGCUAUGGAGGUGUUUGCAGAGGGGUUGUGGACACAAGAGAAAAGACAUUGGUGUCGGGUACAAAAAUAUUUCUUCUUUCUUGUGUUGCUUUGUUCGUUCUUUUGGAUAUGGAGGAAAUCGCUCAAAAAUGUUGACCCUGAAGAACAGAACUGUUGCAACAGCUACAAAACGAAUCUUUUUUCUACUUACAAUAUCAAUCUAACAUGAAUAACAUCGAUAUACAACUCCACCGACAUGAACCUUGUCCACCAAAAACUUCACAGAUGAUGUUCAUCCAUUGGAUGUGGUAUUGUCGACGCGAGAAGCGAUACAAGCGCUUGCGAAAGAAGCUGGAUCUGACCUAUUUCAACGAUUUGUGCGACAGAAUGGAAGAGAAAUACAUCGUUUACGACAAAAUACAUAGGGAAAACACGAAGAUUACGAUAGGCCUCAGCUCGUUUAUCCAGUACUACUACUUACAAUUACGACCUUUACCAAUACCAAAAAUUUUUAGAUUUCUUGUCUGAUAGAUUUCUCUUUACCAAUUAUUAGAUUUGUCAUCUGAUUUUACAAGUGACGUGAUUUCUUUUCGAAGAAUCUUUUUUUUUGAGAUCAAGUCCAACGUGUAGAUGUAAAACUUACUCCGUCGUCUACCAAACACCUCUCCAGGUCUCGACUCGGGUUGACGAAUCGCAAACCUCGCGAAGCAUUGAUGAAUGCGCUGGAUGCUUGGUGUUGUGUCGUGCCACUUCUGAAGUUAAGAAAUAUUGCUCUUUGAGUAGCAGUAGUUGUAACACUAUCGAAGAUCUGAAAUAUCGUCGACCUUGUUUUACUCGUUUCAUGGUCAUGUGCUUUUUGUUUGUCUUUUUUCUGCUUCUCUCAUUGUUCUGCUUCUGUGCUUUUUGUUUGUCUUUCUUCUGCUUCUCCCAUAAGGAGCACAUUAUUUGCAUGUGCUUCGCCCUCACCCGCCCGCUCUAACCCAAGCCGAACGUUAUCUGAAAGAGUUGCGCAUCAAGUACAAAGAGUUGCAGGCGGACGCGGAUGGCAUAGACUUGAAGAAAGCACAGCUUUACGAAGCUAUGGACGAAUUGAAGCUCGAAAUGGAGAUCAUCUACGAUGUGAAAAUCCCAGAGAAGGAGGAAGAAUUCCGGAAGCGGGACAGAGACCUCGCUGAGGAGUUCGAUGCUCUCUGCAUCGAGCUCGAUUUGGCACGAAAAAAAUACACGCAGGAGGCGGAUGAAAGAUACGAACGCACCUACAACGACUGGGAAGAGCGAAUCGACACGAUGAUCGAGGACUUCGAUCGUGUGGCGGAAGAUCUCGAAAAGAUGAUAGAGGAUUUGCGCGACAUGAACAACAAGCGGGACUUCCGAGUAGUUAUGGUCGGCUUUUAUCCAUCUCAUCUCAUGAUCUACUCAUCGUCCAUCUUGGUGCUCUUUUCCCAUGGUCUGGAGUACAAGGGUAUCUAUUAAGGGUACUAAAAAGAUGUUGGUGGAACCGAGAUGGGCUAAAGCGUUCUAGCGUUCUCUAAAGUAGUCGAGCGAGGUCGUGGUGUGGCGUGUCAGGCAUGUUUCCGCCUGAUGAUGGCCGGCGAUUUGCGGUUAGCGCGGGUGGCGGGUGAGGAGGUCUUCAGUGUGAGUCAGCAGGACAUGCAAGCGACCGAAAGCGCUUUCUACAGGAAGAAUUUGAAGGGCAGCUUGAAUCCCAACGACAAGAUCCACCGUGCUUUGAUCGAAGUCGAACAAGAUCCGUAUCAGAUGCGUCCGAGGAAUCAAGCCAGACGCGGACGUCCAGCACCACAAGACUUAAGGCUUUCCCUAAUGAUCCAUCUUCCUUCGGAAGCAUAUGAUUGAGGCUGUAGUUUCAUAAGGAGAAAGGAUCAUCAAAAUGCGCCUCAAGAUGGAUAAGGGUGAGCUCUAAAAGACCUGAUGGCGAUGGUAAGAUCACCUUCUCCGAAGAAAGCGUGGGAACACUUGAGUCUGGAAGCCAGGGGACGACUGGCGAAAGAGUUCAAGGACGAAAAGGCGUUCCCAAGCCCCCGAGACCCGGAAGAGCUAGAAUACGGUUUAAACCCGAAAAAGACAGGUCGAACAGUGAACGACGUGAGACGAGACGGGUUGCUGGAGAAGAAGGGACCACAGAAGGUAGCCGAAAUGGAAGCAGAGAAAGAAGGAUAUCAGAGGAUGACAACGGAGUUUCUGUUAUGGUGUGUGAGGUAGAGUGUAACUACAAAGCAGCCUUUGUUUGGCUUACUAUUAAAAGGCUCAACUUUCAAUGGUCAACAUUGGAUCGAAGAGGCGACCUCCCCUUGAGAGAACCAACAGGGAAAAUAUAUGAAGGGAAAGGGGAGAGCUUGGAAAGGGGUCUCUUCCGUUCAGAGUCAGUGACCAUUGAAUAUUAGUAAAAGAUCUUUGCGCAUCUUCAUUUUUCUUUCUGCACCAAGAUGAAACGCAUUGUUAAAUAGUUCUUCCCGACUCCUAGCAGGACUACCAUUCUUACUCUAAUCCCCGCCGCAGCCCAACCGCCACCAGUGUGGCAAGUAGGAAAAGCCUUCGGUCGGACCGCAAGUUCACCCUAUCGCGGAGGACGAAGCCGUAGUCCAGAAAAGAGAUUGCAUGAAACUCCUAUAGGCGGACAGAGCCCAUCAGCCAGGAGUAGAAGUAGAAGUCCCUACAAGAGUAGCCUCUUAUCACAACACCAGCAUAGUCGGACCAAGACUAUGGCGUCUACUACAUCAAUGUCCACCAUGGGGAUGAUGGAGGCGUCUCCAGUGUGCUCCCCCGUGCCAGUGAACGUCCAUGCAGGUGGCGUCCUCAGUGGGCAAGGCCCAGCAGCUUCUAGUAGUAGUGCAAGUUUGGUGUUUUCUCCUAGUAGCACUCUACCUAGUGGACGACCGCCAGGUGGAUUCACGCAAGGAGUCACAACAACCUCUAGUCGAGCAGCAGUAGGUCUAAGCGCUGCUCUCAAUACAACCAGAAAUACAUCAGGAGGUGCUGGUGGAACUUUCUUUUCUACAGGAGCUGCUACGACGCAGAGCAGGAGCAGUCGAGGAAUGCAAGGCACAAUAACAAUGUCUUCCGGAGCAGGACCUCUGAUAGAUCAUGAUCAAGGCCAAGAAGAACAGAAGCCGAGAGGUACCAGUCGUAGUCCAGCAGGAGAGUCUCAGUCACCACCUGAAAAGGUGAAAUCCCCUCGUCAACCUCGCAAUUACGUGAGAAUGAAUCGGCGAGCAGUGCAAAUCGCAUCUUCCUCCAAGAGUCCUGAGUCGAGUCCUGCUGAAUCUCUCAGUUGUACCGCGAAAACCACUGCGAAAGCAACGCAGCCGUUCCCAACCGACAAGACAGGACUAUCCGCAGUGCCCGUUCCUUACGGAUUUGAGACGUUUUCAGGGGAGCCGAAGCGGCAUGGCACACCGACAGAAGCAGAAUCGAAGCCAGACGAUCUAGCCAUAGAAAUGAUAGUCAGAAACUAUCUCAAAAAAGCUGCGAGAGGGAUUGGCGAUGAAGACACUGGGAAGAAAGCUAGUAAUAAACCAGGAGAUCCUAAAAGUCUAGAAAAAAGAAUAAGCGAAAGUAUGAAAGGCAAUCCGCCGUCGUCAGGCUCAGGGAAGCCAAAUGGUGGGGGAGUCACGUGAUUAGGUAGCACGUUGCAAUGAUGAAGAAUAAUAGCCAGUUUCGCAUUUAGUAUUCCCAAAACAUUCACUAAGACAACUAACAUUCCAAAUUCCUAAUCCUAAAACAUUCAAUGAACCUGAACAAUUCUAUGCGUGACGCAGAUGCACCCCACAAUAGAGUACUAUAAGAUACAUUGUUCAUGCUGACAUUAGGUUUUUUAGGAUGAUUGAUGUGCAUGCCAUUUACGAGAUCGUCGAAAAUUAAAAACGUACUUUUUUUCCUUUUCCUACUUCAUGCCUCUCCACCGACAAGCACAUUCCUGCUACCCCCAUAGUCGUGAUCUUUUUUUCAGUAAAUGUACCAGGGACCGCUGCAUAAGUGCAUGUUGUGCUUAUGGUCAGUGGUCUUGUCGAUCUUUUUUUUCUGAAGUUUUUGUAGUUGUCUUUCGUAGCCGGUAGUGCUGAACCUAACUUGUAUUAACAGAAAAUGACCAGUUGAGUUGUGACUCACUUGCAACCUAUUUGCAUCGUGAAAUUAACGGGUUGUCCGAGCCCGGUGGAAGCAAAAAAUAAACCAUUAUCAGUGACUCAAUCAAAGUUUAAGAUUCAAAUUUUCGAGUAUAGUACCAACAACCCUGCUUUGCAUUCCUUAUCUAUGAUUCUACUAAAUGAACAAGCGAUCGUCUAUGUUGAUUAAGGCCGUAUCUCUCUCAAACUUCUACGUUUAUCUCUGAUUCUGCUCAACACCGAGAUGGAAACUACUCCUUCCUUGUUUGUUUCAUUUCAGUUCUGCAUUUUAGUUCUUUUACAAAACGUACUUUGCUUCUUGAAUCUUGAUAUGCGGUUAUAGAUGACGAAGCCGCCCGACACUUCCCGGUGCAGCUAGAGUUGAAGACUCGCGGACGCAG